AUGCGGAUCCGACGACUCGCGACUGCCCUACUCGCCGCGCCUCUCCUCGUCGCAGCGCAAUCUCCUCCUCAAAUCCUCGUGUACUAUGCGACCGCCGGCUACUACCACGACUCGAUUCCGGCUGCGAUGUCGGCGAUCCAGCAAAUCGGGCAGAACACCUCGCUGUUCAACGCGACUUUCUCGAAGGACGAGAACCUCUUCACGCCAGCCCAACUCGAUCCUUUCAAGGCGAUCGUCUUCCUGAGCAACUCGGAUCAGGUGUUGACGAGCGAUGGAGAGGCGGCGUUGACUGAUUGGUUGACGAAGGGAGGGUCGCUCGUCGGAUUGCACGCUGGGACGGCCUGCCUGUUCAACGACACUGCAUUCGGCGUCGCAAUGGGCUCCUGGUUCGACUACCACCCGCAGAUCCAGAAUAUUACCUUCACCAGGAUCGCCGACCACCCGACCGUCAGCAUGUUCUCCGACCGCUUCGUCUCGUACGAGGAGGCCUACCACUUUCGAAGCGAUCCUCGAAGCGUCAACGCAACCGUCAUCCUCUCCUACGACCCGUCGAGCGUGAACGACCCACAGUACGGUACGCGGCCGUACUACCAGGGAACUCCGCCGCCCAUCGCAUGGUACAGGGAGGGUCAGUCGGUCGACCUGAGCAAUGGGACGGCGCUGAAUCCGCCGAGGAUGCCGGGACGAACCUGGAUGACGAGUCUUGGGCAUACCAUCGAGGUUUGGAGUGAUCCGACGCACUUGGCGCAUGUCGAGGCGGGACUCCGUUGGGCACUUCAACACUUUACUACAAACACCUCUUCCUCCUCCGCCUCCCCAUCCUCCGCCGCUUCAUCCCCCUCUUCUGCGUCCUCCGCAUCUCGCACAGCAACUUCCACUGCGCCUUCUGGCUCUGCAGCGCCUGCCGCGACUUUGCAGACUCCUUCGGCAGCGUCCACUCUCUCGCCCAUGCUCGCACCCGCCUUCGCACUUCUCCUCUUAAUCGCUGCCAUGUCCAUUGUGCCCAGCUCGAUUUCUAUAUAG